CAUCGACUCUCUCCUCUCCUCUCCUCCCCUCUCCUCUCCUCAUCCCGGCGCGGGUGUGUUCUGACCGGCUCCAGUAGCUCCUCCAGCAGACCCGCUACGCGGCAGAGAUGGAGCCGCGGGCCGCCUGCUGAUGCCCGGCCGCAGGAUGGAGCCCCACCCGCCCCGCAGCGCCACCGCCCGGCCGCAGCAUGGAGGAUUCCCGCAACACCAGCGGAUUCCUGCGGGACCACAACUACUCCACCGAAGCUGAUAUCAUCUCUACUGUGGAGUUUAACCCCAGCGGAGAGCUUCUGGCCACCGGAGACAAAGGAGGACGAGUGGUGGUCUUCCAGAGAGAGCAGGAGAGCAAGAACCAGCCUCAGAGACGAGGAGAAUAUAAUGUUUACAGCACGUUUCAGAGUCACGAGCCGGAGUUUGACUAUCUGAAGAGUUUAGAAAUCGAGGAGAAGAUCAAUAAGAUUCGCUGGCUUCCUCAGCAGAACGCUGCCUACUUCCUGCUGUCCACCAACGAUAAAACUGUGAAACUGUGGAAGAUCAGCGAGAGAGACAAGCGACCCGAGGGAUAUAAUCUAAAGGAUGAGGACGGAAGAAUCCGAGAUCCAGCCACGAUCACCACAUUACGGGUCAGUGCGGUGCUGCGGCCGAUGGAUCUGAUGGUGGAGGCUGCGGCGCGGAGGGUUUUCUGCAACGCACACACAUACCACAUCAACUCCAUCUCCAUCAACAGCGACGGCCAGACCUUCAUGUCCACCGAUGACCUGCGGAUCAACCUGUGGAACCUGGAGGUCACAGACAGCAGCUUCAACGUGGUGGACAUGAAACCGGUGAAUAUGGAGGACCUGACGGAGGUGAUCACGAACGCAGAGUUUCACCCGCAGCACUGCAACACCUUCGCCUACAGCAGCAGUAAAGGCUCCAUACGCCUGUGUGACAUGAGGGAUGCGGCGCUCUGCGACAAACACUCCAAAUUUUUCGAGGAGCCAGAAGACCCAAGCAAUCGCUCGUUUUUCUCUGAAAUCAUCUCCUCUAUCUCUGACGUUAAGUUCAGCCACAGCGGCCGCUACCUGAUGACCCGAGACUACCUGACGGUGAAGGUGUGGGAUCUGAACAUGGAGAGCAAACCGCUGGAGACCUAUCAGGUGCAUGAUUACCUGAGAGGAAAACUCUGCUCGCUGUAUGAGAAUGACUGCAUCUUUGACAAGUUUGAGUGCGUUUGGAACGGAUCCGACAGCGUGAUCAUGACUGGUUCCUACAACAACUUCUUCCGAAUGUUCGACCGCAACACGAAGCGUGACGUGACUCUGGAGGCAUCGCGGGAGAACAGCAAACCUCGCGCCGUCCUGAAGCCGCGCAGAGUGUGUGUGGGGGGGAAACGCCGCAAAGACGAGAUCAGUGUGGACAGCCUGGACUUCAGCAAGAAGAUCCUGCACACCGGCUGGCAUCCGUCCGAGAACAUCAUCGCAGUGGCGGCUACCAAUAACCUCUACAUCUUCCAGGAUAAGAUCAACUAGCACUGGAGAUGAUGAGGAAAUAACUCUGCGUUUAAUCUUCCAUAAACUCUUAUUUAUUUGUACUAUUUAUUAUCUUCUCCACUGGAGAAAAAUGCUUGUGUCUUUAAAGGGUUAGUUCACGCAAAAUUAAAAAUUCUGUCAUUAACUACUCAUGUUAAUGAGGAUUCAAUCCUCUGAAACCUUCAUUUAUCUUCAGAACACAAGACAUUUUAGAUGAAAUGCGAGAGCUCUCACAUCCUGUUUCCAUCCACCUAAUGCUUGCACAUUCUGAAAUGUUGAGCUGAUUGUAAAAGGCCUCAGUUCUCCGUCAGUCCGUCAUCACAGUGCUUCAGUAUUCUUCUUCUUCUAUUAUUAUUCCCUCCAGAUGUCUUGAGCUUCUGUCUGCACUCCCGUCUCACGCCUCCAGAAGCCACCGCGUUCAUCAUGUUUGGUCUUGGUCUUCUGAGGUGGAGCUCAUUGAUUAGUAGCAGGAGCUGAGGAGGUGAUGCUCUACUGGCAUCAUAUGAUGAAGAUGCUGAUUUAUUCACUGAUGAUUUACUAAAUAUUACAGUUUUACACACCAAUCUAACUCACAUCUCUGGAUGGAAACACAGCUGUAGACAGUCCUGAGAUGCUCAAAGUCUAGAAAAGACCAAAAACAUUCAGUGUUGUAGUCAUCCGAAGAACAAACUACUAUGCCUAUGUCUUUCAGCUCUUCCCUGUAGGCGCAGGACGUCAACAUUAUGUCAUAUUGACGUUGUACCCCAACAUUGUGGGGAUGAUGGAUUUUGUUCGGAAAUGAAAAUCAGGUUGAACCCAACGUCACGCCAACCUAAAAUCAACCAAAUAUCAACGUCUAAUCAUGUUACACAUUGACGUUGUGUGGACAUUACCACUAUGACAUCUAUCAGAUGUUGGAUUUUAGUCUCUUCAACACAACCUAAAAUCAACCAAAUAUCAACGUCAUUUGACAUAGCUAUUGGAGGUCAAGAUAACAUUGUCCUUAAACGCCGGCUAGACAUUAAAUUCUGGUCACCUGACGUCAUGAUUUAAAUCUAACCUAAUAAUAAUGUCUUAUGAUGUUGUGUGCCUGCUGGGUUAUCAUGGAGUGUUUCCAUGGGCAGUGUGAUGUUAAUUGUGUGGAUAGCUAAUUAUAAUGCCAAUACGUUGUGCUGAUCAUAGUAAACACACACACACAC